UCAAGACGCGCCGGACGCGGUUGCCGCGUCGCACUUAGCUGUACAGUCCUUGUCUGAGAAGAUGGCGGCCAGGCAGCCGGUGUUUGUGUGCGGCCCCGGCCCUGCGUGCUGGGCAGUGCCGUGGUCUUCGGCUCGGGGUUCGGUACGGGACUUCAUCGGCUCUUACUGCCGGCACAGGGGUAUUCCAGUGGAUUGCUUCUAUGUGAAGUGUAAUGGACAGCUAACUAAUACUGAAGAUAUUGUUCAAUAUGGAGCAGUUUAUAGUCUGGAGCCCAGACUCUGUGGAGGAAAAGGAGGUUUUGGAUCUAUGCUUCGAGCACUUGGUGCUCAGAUUGAAAAGACAACUAAUCGAGAAGCAUGUCGAGAUCUUAGUGGAAGGAGACUUCGAGAUGUCAACCAUGAAAAGGCAAUGGCUGAAUGGGUCAAACAGCAAGCUGAACGAGAAGCAGAAAAGGAGCAGAGGCGCCUGGAGAGGCUGCAGCGGAAGCUGGUGGAGCCAAAACACCACUUUACCAGUCCUGACUACCAGCAGCAGUGUCAUGAGAUGGCUGAGCGCUUGGAGGACUCAGUCCUCAAAGGUAUGCAGGCUGCUUCCAGCAAGAUGGUGUCACCUGAGACUAGUGACAGUAGGAAACGACCUAAUGAACCAGAGAUUAAUGGUGGAAUCAAAUCGAAGAAAAGGAAAUGCUUUUGGAUGGGCAUGGAAGGCCUGGAGGAUGCUGGAAGUUCAGAUGAUGGGGACAGUGAAGAAGUCCCCAGCACUUCAGGAAUGAGCUUCCACUCGCCGAAUGGCUAUACUGAUAGUGCUGACAAGUCAGCAGAAUUUUCCAGGAGUUGUAAGGAUUCUGUAGGUGUGAGUGUAUCAGAAAAAUUACAGGUGCCCACCAUUAACUCUGAGACUGUUGCCCCAACCGAAGUGUGUGGUGAGCUGGACAAGAAGCCCGCAGAGAAGCAGGUAUUAGAGAAGACAGAAGAAAUGGAAGUGGAGAGAGAAAUCGGUGUAGAGAAGGAAGCAUGUGUGGCAGGAAGGGAAGAAAAGACAAAUAUAGCACAGGAUGUGAAAGAAGAAACCAAAGGAGCGACUGAAGGAAACCCAGAAAAGAUGCCACUUGAUAAACCGGAGGGAAGCCUGACAGGAAACAAAGAUGUUCAAGAACCUGUAGAUCUUCUGGCAUUCAGCUCAGUUGAAGAAAUGGAAGUAUUGGGUUUGGAUAAGCUUAAAUUGGAAUUAAUGGCUCUGGGACUUAAGUGUGGAGGCACCUUACAGGAAAGAGCAGCAAGGCUCUUCUCUGUCAGAGGACUAGCAAAGGAACAGAUAGACCCUAGUUUAUUUGCGAAACCCACUAAAGGGAAGAAGAAAAAAAAUCCAUAAAGGCACACUUCUUACUGUUCUUUAUACCAGCAGGUUUCUUUCCCUGAAAAUGGUAACCUCUCUUGCUAUUUCUACAAUUAUUGUUGUUUGAUUAAAACUGAACUUUUUAUUGAUUUUAAAAUUAUAUUGAAAGAGGCACAAUUCUAAAUUACAAUAAACAUAUUUUAAAAGUGAUACAAAAGUCAUUACAACGUAUUAUGCUUUAGGUCUUCAUAAAGAAAAUAGCUGCUCUAUUUAAAAAUGUAGAUAUUAUGAAAAAUAUACAAAUAAAAUUGUUUUAUUAGUUUUAUUAUAUUCAGAAUUUUUUUAGACAAUGAGAUGGGCUAGAAAUGCCAAGUCAACAUGCCAAGUCAAAUCAGCAGUCAUUCAUUAAGCCCCUGCUGCAUGCCAGGCACUGUGCUCAUUGUUAGAAGUACAAAUAAAGGUAAAAAAUAGUCCCUUCUCUCAUUUGAAGAACAGUUGAAGAACCUGGAGAUAUUUCUACUGGGACCUGAUAAAUUAUCUUCAGAUAUUUGAAUGACAGUCAUUCUUUGUAGCUCCAGAGGUUAGUCUUCUUUUUCCCCAAUUUUUUGGCAUUUUUAUUUAGAGUUUUGAGUUCCAAAUUCCAUCCCUCACUCCGAGACAGUAAACAAUCAGAUAUAGAUUGUACACAUGUAAUUAUCUAAAGUAUUUCCGUAUUAGUUAUUUUGUAUGAGAAGACUCAGAAGAAAAAUAUGA